AUGGAAGGACUCGGAAUGCCAGAAGGAUUUGACGAGGCAAUUUACCUUAUAGAGAUAAAUGAAGUUGUUAAGCAGUACUUGCGCAGGGUAAUGAAGCCCAAGGUCAAGUUCACCAGUAUUUCUGGAAGGUCUACACUUCAGCUCGAGACUUCGACUGGAAUUCCAAUUCAAAUACCAGACGGGACAGCCUACGACGACAUAAAGGACGCCAAAAGAGAAGCUCUUGUUAAGUUCCUAAACAAACGUCCUUGGAUAAAAAUACCAAACAAGGAGAACCCCCUACCCCAUAUGAAAUUGGCAAUUCAGUCUCUCCUUCACUUCUCGGGUCAGCCGUUCUACAUAACCUGUGAAGGCGACAUCCAACCAGUUCAGUCAACCUUAACGUUUUGA